UACCGCGGAAAAUUUUCGGCUCCCGAGGCGCAUAAUGCCUCGCCGCGGCUGUGCAUUCAUAUCCGUCGUAUGCCGGUGCUUUUGAGCCGCGGGACGCAAAAUCGGAAAAUAAUGGACAAGAAGGGGCUUUUGACCGAUCGACCAAGCACGUUGCCAUUGGCAACGUUGGAUUUAAGGCCUUGAGCUUUCAGACUUACGGCUGCGAAAGUCCCGUGGCAGCCGCGUUUCCGCAUUAAAAGCCGCACUCGGACGAUCGACUCGUCGUCGUCCCUCGUCGGAUCCCGCGAGAGUGCCGUGAUUUGAUUGGCGACCACUUUGCACGCCGACACGGCUGAAUCCGAGCGAAUCUUCUGUAAAGUGCACGCGCGAUCGGAGUGUUUCGCUGCUUAAUCGCGCCAGGCAAUUCUCGUUAACGAGUCGACGAGAUCGCUUGGAAAUCGCGAAGCUGUUGCAACAGGCGAAACAGGCAAACAUCACAGAGCGAAAGGGAGAAAAAAAAAGGAGAAAGAGAGAGAGAGAGAGAGACCUGUUAUGAAGAUUUUUCGAUGGAAAUUAUGAAGUGCGCUCAUGAUAGAAGCGCGGCGAAGAGACACUACGAAUGGCUCACGACGUUUAGAUCUCAUGGGAUAGCCGCCGGUAGGUCAUGGCGGUUGUCUCGGGGACACAGGACCGCAACCCAAGGACGACGAAGCCGUUCCUCGGCGGAUGGAAGAACACGCUUACCGGUCUGAUUUAUCACAACGCCUGCACACAGACGCACGGUUGCGGCAUCGCCAGAAGCGACGGGAUCACGCAGACCGUCGCGGUCGCGGACGCCAUCACCGAGGUCGUUCACGAUCAGGCGGUGCAGGUGCAGUUCUUACCGGACGCGCGCGACCGAGUCGUCACGUCUGGCGUUUCUUACCUCAACACCGCGCCGAUUCAGGAGGUCGAGUCGUCGGCUCUUCAAGAUAACAACCAGCUACUUCUCGACAGUGUUCUCAAGAUACAAAGGUGUUUCAGAGCUCACCGAGCCAGAGCUCGCCGAUCGGCGGCCAAAGGGACCAGCCUCCAGGCGGCGAAAAUUUCCCAAGAAGACAACGAGGCAACGGCGACACCUGCGGAGCAGCUCCAAGCGCUCAGCAGCUGCGCCGGUUUCACGAUACUGAAUCGCAGGUCGCCGCGAACGAGCUCGGACUUCGAGUCGCUGCGGAACCUGCUGGACCGUUGGCGAAUCCUCGAGAGCGAGCGGGCGAGCCGCACGCUCCUCGGUGCCUCGAGGGUCGCCGCCUGCGGCCUGAUCCUGUCGAAGGAAGUCGAGCUGCUGCGCGCCAUGGACUCGAUGAGGAGCGCCGCGCGCGUCAAGUACAGGGAACGGAAACGACGCAGGCUCUUGGACGAGCUGUCGAAGCCGGUCGCCUGGCAGGAUAGCCGCGGCCGAGCGGUUCUGGUGGACACUCUACGCGUCCAACGAGCCCGCCAGCACAGGAACGUGUACGCCUCGUUGGCCAACGAGAACCUGUCCGUGCCGGAGAGGCUUGAUCUACUGUGCGGCCUGAGGCGCGUCGCUGGCAUGCACACGUGCAGCCAGUCGCUCGAACUCGCUUAUCUGGUGGAUCAGGAGUUGGCGUUGCUGACACGUCGCGUAGACACCGGCAGACUCAACUGGCUGAGGAACAGGCUCAAGUUGAGCUUCCUCAAGCUGGCGCGCAACGCUCUACAAGGGGACCUCGAGGAGGAUUCGCGGUUCAGCUGGUUGGACGCAAGCAUUACGCGGCUCUGCAGAACCUGCGGCAGGCUGCUGCCCUUGGAGAAAUUUCCCCGGGAACGUCGACUGCGGUCUUCCAUCUGCGUCUACUGCACGUCCAUGCGAACCCGAAGAGAGCCACGCGUGGUGUACGAUCCUUACGAAAGGAUGUUGCGAGAGAUCAGGCGCUGCGAGACCAGGACUGGUUGUUACGGUAGCCUGGCUUUCGUGAUCGGGGCCAAGGUCGUUUACCGCCUGGUGAACGAGAUUUGGCAUGGUCGGUCCGGCAUUUCCGAGUGCGACGACCUAGACGAGCUGCGACUUACGCGCUUCCGCCGCGAGCUCGAGUGGGCGCCUUGGAAUUCUUUGUUGUUGACGACGACCGAGGCUGCCGUUCACCACGGGAUCGCCGACAUCGAGAAUUUCUACGACGCGAGACUGUUGCGGAAAUUUCACACGAAGAAUCUCCAGGCGAGGAUGCGCUUCGGCUCGGUCUCCGAGGCGCAGAGAAAUAUCGUCACUCCGUCCUCGAUGGAUAAUUAAUUAUUCUUUGCAACGAAGGAUGAAGAAGUUGGGGACAGCGCGUCGAUUGGUUCGAUAAAAGAGGCUGGACACUCGCGGAUGGAAAGACUUCGCGGAAGAGAUAGCCGUAACAGCGUGUCUUAAAAGGAUGAGAGACGCAAAGUAGGAUAAUAUAGCCGUCCGUCAGUUUUCGGCACUUUCGUGCGCAUUUGAUUCAGUAUUAACGUGCACGGGAAAUAAUAAAUAAUAGUAAGUGAAUAAAUAAU